AUGAAAGGUCCGGUUUUACGGUCCACCAGUCCGGAAACAUCACUGGAUCGAAAAAAUUGGUUAAGAAGAACGGUGUCCGCAUUGUGGCUUAGCGGACCCAUAAUUGGCGAUACGGUAUUUGGCGUGAACGGGUUGGCUGCUGUUAAAUGGCUGGUGGAUGGGUGGAGAACCUCACUUGUGCUCUUGGCAUCCGGGACCACUGCGGUAACCGCCAAACCAUUGAUGGAUAGGUGUUACGACGUGGCAUUUGAGCCCUCGACUUGUGCAGAACUCCGCUUUAGCUUAUCUAGAGCCUUUUCCAGUCUUGGGCCGCGUUGUACGUUCAGCUCCCUCGCAAUUAAGUCGGCCUCCUUCUCGCCAACCGCCAAAGCCGCGCUGGUCGUGUUGCCCGCCACGUUCACCGGCACGGCGCUCAGGAUUCAGCUAGUCUUCUCCUACACUUCUUAA